AUGGAAGUUCAAAAGGAAAGGUACGAAGACGACAUUUGUCAUCAUCCUCACCAGCGAUCAAGUUCAACCCAAUACGACAUGGAGGAAGAACAAGAACAAGAGAACAAUUCUACUGAUGAAACCUCAAGGUUGAAGAUUAAGGAAGACUAUAUAAGCAAAUUACCAUAUGAAGUUCUUGCUCAAAUUCUCUCAAUUUACCCUUUGGAUUCUGGAUCAAAAGCCGUAGCUAUCUUUACAGGUUUAUGGAACAGACCCUGCAUCCAACAUAAAGGAAGAACAGUCAAACUUCAAGAUUUUGAAUCGAUCAUUAGUAGUUUCCUUGUUAAUUUCGAUGAAAACAAUCCUUUAAAGAAACCCAGAAAGCUUGAAUUUCAUUUCAAUCGAGGGUCGAUCGUCACAGCGUCAAUCGGGUUGAACAAGAAACUGAAUCUGGAUUUUUCCAAAGGAAAACAAGAAUUCCCAAGGCAAUUUGGGUGGGAAAUCGUGUUAAACACUUUGGAUUUUGCUCAGCCUUCUCCAUAUCCGUUUUCUGUGAAGACCCUGAAAUUAACUUCAGUUAAUUAUUUAAGCUGCGAAUUGGUUACGUCUCUGAUCAACAAAUUUCGGUAUGUUGAGACAUUGAUCAUCGACAAGUGUAAUGGACUGAGGUCUUUGAGGGUUGAAGGUCUUGCCAAGCUUACCAACUUAAUCGUUCGAGAUUGUGUUGAUCUUAAGUCGGUUUUCAUCGAGACUUUGGAGCUCAAAACUCUUCGAUAUGGCGGACCCCUGUGCUGGUUUUCGUUGAAGAAUGUAAUGUACUUGGAAGACGUGAUGUUAGAUUUCGAAUGUCCAGGGUUUAUCCACUUGAAUCAUCACCUUUACAAUCCGCUCUUGCGAGCAAUUCGAGAUGUUAAAGUGCUUACAUUCCAUGGAUGGAUGUUUAAGGACGUAUUUCGACAAUUGCUGUUUUCGAAGCAAAACGAGGAGCAUUUCAGAUUCAGCAAACUUGAAGAUUUGUGGUGGGUUGAUUCUUGUAUGGAAGAUCAUCACAUCAAUUGGUUGUUUUGUUUCUUGAAGUUCUGCACUUCUCUCAAGAGGUUGUUCAUAACUAUCGACCCACGAAGCUACUCGACGCCGUCUGCCGGUGAUGAUGAGAGGCCCAUCAAGGUCCAAAAGGGGCAACUCCGGAAGCUGAAAAUGGUGAAACUUGAAGGAUUUAAGGAGGAGGAAGACGCAAUGUUGUUGAAGGAGCGUAUGUUGGAAGUUUUCGGUGCUGAACCUCGAGUUGUAGACGUGAGUCAGGGGAUGCACGCCAGGUGUUUGAUAAGAAUCCCGAAGCGACAAGCGUUUGGUAAAGAAAAAGAAUCAAAAAAGGUGAAGUUUCACUACAAGUUUGUGGAAGAAGUUGAAGGCAACGGAGGUUUGUGUUCUAGGCAUCCUCACAUGCCAUAAAAAUUGCAUCUUUUCUCACAUUUUGACCAAUUUUAUGAAAUAAACCACGGAUUGUAAUUUGGAAAUUCUAACGGAGUUACCAUUAAUCAAGAUC